AUGAACCCUCUAGAUGCUAUCUGCAAUCGGAAGCGGAACGACGCGGUGUGCGUAUCGAAUUUGAAAAAUGCCCGACCUGUGGACAAAGGCGUUCUGGUCGAGCGACCUGAUGUGAAAAUCUUUCUACCUUUCCGGUUCUUUGUUUACGAUGUGAAGAAUCUCUUUAUUGCCAACACAUACAACCGAUAUUUAGUUGCUCCCAGCGGUGAUCAUCUAAUAUCGCUAAUCGAUGAAAUCUCCUACGCCUCACCACCGUCACCUAUGCUUUCGCAAAUCAAAGACAUACCACCGGAACUCUUCUGCAACGGCGAUAAUCGUCCGGCGAAUUGCGGCAACAAUUGUCAGUGUGUACACAAAGUGGACAUACCAUUGGGCGCUGUGGUGGAAGUGGUGCUCGUGGAUGAAGUGCAACAAACUAAUCUAAGUCAUCCAUUCCAUUUGCAUGGCUCUGCGUAUUAUGUCGUCGGCCAGGGACGCUCACCGGAUCAGUCAAUCAAAAAGAUUAAUUUAAAGCAUGCCUUAGAUUUAGAUCGUUUGGGUAUGCUGCAACGCGAUUUCACCAAACCAACACUCAAGGACACUAUCGCUGUGCCUAAUAACGGCUAUGUGGUGCUGCGGUUUCGUGCCAGCAAUCCAGGCUUUUGGCUCUUCCAUUGCCAUUUUCUCUUUCAUGUUGCGAUUGGCAUGAAUUUAGUAUUUCAUAUAGGCACGCAAGAGGAUCUACCACCGGUGCCGCCAAAUUUUCCACGUUGCGGCGAUCAUUUGCCACCAAUCAAGUACUUUUGA